CCUAGCGCGUCAAAUGUGUUUGGUACACCGAAGAAGAUAAGAUAUGAUGAAGAUUCUUUCUAUUUUCGCCGUCGUGGUAUGUUUGGGAGCUGUGGCAACAGGAAUACAGUGUUGGUCGUGCGACAACGCAAGAGGUCACGAAGAAUGCGCGACAACUGGACAGUUAGUGCGAUGCAUCUCUCGAUGGGAAGUAUGUUCCACGGUCGAACGGAGGACAAACAACGCAUUGUUCGUAACCAAGAGAUGCAAGCAGAGACUCGCGUGUGCAAACGGCGUGCGCCAAAAUUACAACAGCCCAUUCAGCCCGCAGUGUAACCUCGAUGGAUUGGUGUCAGUUUGCCGGUGCUGUUGCAAUGGAACCGAAUGUAAUAGGGACGCUACAUGCGAACCCGCCCGUCACGUCGACUACAGGUGCCACGAUGAAGGAGGACUCUGCCACGAGUGGCGUAACCAUACCUGCCUUGGAGGCUACGUGACAGGCUUGUGCUAUGGAAAUAACGGACGGCGAUGCUGCCUUCCAUGCACUCCGGAAACAUGUCCGGCGGCCCGGGACGCUGUCCAGCAAGAUGCAGUUUGCAGAGCGGAAGGUGGAAUAUGUCUUGGGAUUACGAAUUUUUGCGAUGGUAUUUACUACCCAGGAAAGUGUGGAGGACCGAACGGCAGACAGUGCUGUAAAGAAGCAGUGUGUACGUUGCUCAACUAUGCCAACACCAACGUAAAACCAAGAGGUGUAGGAGCAAUACGCAUUGACUCCGGGUUCAAGUGGGCCUUAAACAAAAUGAACGAGUGGGCGAGGGCGUGUCGUGUCAAGGUUCAAGUAACAAAGUCGUUUGAACUAAUUACGGAAACAGACGGGAAUUACCAACCCAUCGAACCAACCAUACCAAACAAUUAUGCGGUUGGUCAUGCUGUGGAUAUUGAAGUCGACACAACUAUUGAAGUUUGUGAUGGACCCUGCUUAGCACGUGGUAAAAACCCAGACGCCGUAUGCUUUCUUAAGAAAGUUUUGGAAUAUGGAUUACACUGGGGUGGAAAGGGAAAAUAUCAAAACCCAAGUCGAAUCGACGACCGUCUCCAUGUUGUCAAUCCAAGGCAAUGGAAAAGACAAUUCCAACAACUGCAGAAAGGCUGUCAGGCCAUCUAAGCAAUUUAAAUUGCCACCAGUGCACUGUACAGUAUGUGUUAUGCGUUACGACUCUUGUAUUUUAAGUUCAUGCACGGUGGUGGCGUACCAUUUUUUGCUUCAAUCGCGCUAUGUUUAACCGUUGUAAAAUACUGCCGACGUUCAAAGGUAUUUAAGUGUGAGGGGUAUCACAUAGUAUAGCAGUGUUUGUGUAUUUAUUUGCUAUGCCUCCGCUUUUGUGUAAAGAUGUACAUUUGCUUUCGCCAUUAAAUUGACGAAGACUAA